AGUGGCUCAGCCUCUACCCCACGUCAUGUGCUCUCUGAUGUCUCAGGCGUUCAUCAGUAAACAGGGAAUCCGGAACAACUUGCAGCCUUUCCGGAGUUUGAUUAAUUGCGCGAUUUCAGGGGCAAAUUGUACAGAAAAUAAACCAACAAGGGGGAAUCUGAGGCGUGAGCAACGGCGCUGCUCGGAGGGUGGAAGAAAACUAGGAGCGAGGCCGAGCAGAGGAGGCUGACCUUGGGCGAGACGACGGCGGCGGCGGCCGGGGAAGCAACUCAUCUGAUCAGCAGAGCACAUUGACUAUCUCUUAACAAUUCUCCCAGCUGGAAAUAAAUGAUAUGCAAGGUGAAAUGUCAAAUAUUGAUGGGUUACCGUUAUCAAGAGAAAUGCAGGAUCUACAGAAUCGAUUUAAUACGAUGAUGCACACUAUCAACAGCAACUCAAAGGUUGCUGCCUUCAUGAACUCCUCUUUGGGCCAGUACCUGGAUGACCAUCCUUUCCUUGCCUUAUUACUGCUUGUUUUUACCAUAAUGUCAGCUGUUCCAGUUGGCUUGUUCCUGAUCUUUGCAGUUGUUACAUCCCUUUUGGCCUGCAUUGGUUUCAUUGUCAUGGAAGGCCUGAUGCUGUCAAUUGGUGGAGUGGUCCUCCUUUGUUUUCUAUGCGGGAUGGUUCUCAUUUCAUUGGCCAUCUCUUCUCUUCUGGCUAUUUGUUAUUUUACUUUUUCCACAACAAUGAAUUAUUAUCACAAUGCAAGCACUGCAAGUAAGAAAGAAGAAACCAUCAGCCCUUCUGCAAACAUGUGUCCAGGCAAUACUGAAUCGAAAUCCACUAAGGUGGAAUAGAUAUGAAUACACAAUUUUUGCAUUAACUAUUUAUGAAAAGCAAUUCUAUUUUUCUUUAUGAAGAGGGCUCUUUAUGCAUUGGAAUAAUAUUGCAAUUUUGUUAACAUCUCAAGCAGUUAUGUUUAGUUUUAUCAUUUUUGUCCAGUUUAAUACUGCUGCUUUAUAUUAAUAUUUUAAACUGUUAUUCCAUUGAAAUCAGUAGCAAAAAUUCCACUAAUUUGCUGUACAAUAGUUUGAAACAAGUGGCAAACUGAUAUAUAAAGAGGUGAAACUGAUGAAAACGGGACCAGACCAGUACAGUACAGACCAGUAGGUCCUGUUGUCUGCUUAGUUUAAAGAGGCUACAAAAUGAAUGAGAAAUCCAACAUUAGUGAGGAAUGCAAUUCUGAGUUGGUGGAGAUUGCAUUUCAAUUUCUAUGUACCUAAUCUCACAUUGGGCCUUAUGAUCAUUUUGUAAUAUUCUCUGUAAAAAGCAGAAUUCAUAAAAUGUUUUUGACUGACAUUAAUACUUCAAGUUUAUUUGUAAUGCAAUAGUUAACAAACCUAUUGUUUAUAUAACCUUUAUUUUAAUAUAACUUGGAAUUAAAGUUGCAGAGUGAAUAAUAGUAAUUUACCUAUAACUGUAAAAUUUAUUUGAAACCAUGAAUUUCAUGUUACCUCUAGCAAAGAAUUUUUUAUAAUUAAAUUUGAAAAAUUUCAAAAACGA